CUCUACUCUAGUCUAGUCUGUGCUAGUGCUUCAAGUAGAAAAGUUGUGGGUGGAGAGCAAAGUUCUUUUUAUACUUUUAUUUGUUAUGAUUUAUCGUUUAGUUCUGUAGGUCAAAAUCUCACUCUAGCCAGAAUAAUCAAUUAAUUGUAGUUAAGUGAACGAUGAACAUCUGUUUCUGAAUAUAACAGAACUGUAACGAGUGGUUAAGCAAGCAAACGUAAUCUUCGAAAUCAUUAUCCGUGGUCAGUGACUGAAGAUGAAGGGUGCUAAGCUGUUGAGUUCUGCUGGCCGCUGUGUCGCGGCUUCACCAGCAUAUGCUCGUCCUACCCCGCGUUACAAUAAUGAUGGCGGGCGCCGCACAGAGGCAACAAAGGCAGCUCAGAAGGAGCGUCCCGGACCACGGUCAAGCGACUCAUUCACAUUGAACCUGUUCCGAGGAGCCCUAGAGACCUCCACAGUGUUCCCGUACCCUGAGCCGCUGGCUGAGGACCAGAGACAGGUGUUAUCUGAGCUUGUGCCACCGGUUGAGAAGUUCUUCCAAGAGGUCAACGACCCCGCGAAGAACGACAAUGACGCGAAGAUCGAGCCGAACACGCUUGCCGGUCUUUGGGACCUCGGUGCCUUCGGUCUGCAGGUGCCUUGUGAGCUUGGCGGUCUCGGUCUUAGCAACACACAGUACGCUCGUCUCGUUGAGAUCGUCGGUGCUCACGACCUGGGUGUGGGCAUCACGCUCGGAGCUCACCAGUCCAUCGGCUUCAAGGGUAUUCUGUUGUUCGGUACUCCAGAACAGAAGCAGAAGUACCUCCCCAGGGUAACUGGUGGGGAGUACGCUGCGUUCUGCCUCACUGAGCCGUCUUCAGGGUCUGAUGCUGGUUCCAUCAAGACGCGUGCAGUCCAGCAACCCGACGGCUCGUGGAAGCUGAACGGUUCCAAGAUCUGGAUCAGCAACGGUGGGACCGCCGAGGUUAUGACCGUGUUCGCGCAGACACCUGUCCAGAAGGACGGGAAGACCGUCGACAAGGUGACAGCGUUCAUCGUGGAGCGCUCCUUCGGCGGCGUGUCAUCCGGCCCUCCGGAAAAUAAGAUGGGUAUCAAGUGCUCCAACACCACUGAGGUGUACUACGAAGACGUUCCCAUUCCCAAUGAAAACGUGUUGGGAGGCGUCGGCAACGGAUUCAAGGUUGCGAUGAACAUCCUGAACAACGGCCGUUUCGGUAUGGGCGCCGCUCUGGCCGGCACACAGCGCGCGGCCAUCAAGCAGGCUGCUGAACACGCCGCCACUCGCGUGCAGUUCGGCAAGAAGCUUAUCGAGUUCGGUACCAUCCAGGAAAAGCUGGCUCGUAUGGCGAUGCUCCAAUACGUGACGGAGUCGCUCGCGUACAUGGUGUCCGGUAACAUGGAUACCGGCGCUAAGGACUACCACCUCGAGGCUGCCAUCAGCAAGGUGUUCGCAUCAGAUUCAGCGUGGACGGUGGUAGACGAAGCCAUCCAAAUCCUCGGCGGUAUGGGCUUCAUGAAGGGCACUGGAUUGGAGCGUGUGCUCCGCGACCUGAGGAUCUUCCGUAUCUUUGAGGGCACCAACGACAUCUUGCGUCUCUUCGUCGCAUUGACAGGCAUCCAAUUCGCCGGCUCCCACCUCCAAGAGCUCCAGCGCGCCUUCAAGAACCCCACCGCCAAUCUCGGCCUCAUCUUCAGCGAGGCCGGCAAGCGCGCCGGCCGCGUCGUCGGCCUCACCUCCACCGCCGACAUCAGCCCUCUGGUGGCGGAUCAACUACGCCCAGCUUCUAGGGAGUUGGCGAAGUGUGUGGAUGCGUAUGGACAGACUAUUGAGUCAACGUUGGUCAAGUACGGGAGGAAGGUUGUGGAUGAACAGUUCGUCCUCAACCGCCUAGCGUCGGCCGCCAUCGACGUGUACACGACGGCCGUGGUGCUGUCCCGCGCGUCGCGCGCCGCCAAGCUCGGGCUGCCGUCCGCCGGACACGAGAUCAAGCUCGCCGAGGCCUGGGCACAUGACGCCCUAGGCAGAGUACCCGGACUGCUGGCCGCGGCGAAAGAUGCCCCGUCACUACAGCAGUACGCGAGGCUCGGCGCAUUAGGACGCGCCGUCGCCGAGAACUCCGGCCAGCCCAGCAUUAACCCGCUUAACUUGUAGACCUAAAAGGGACGUCCGUAGAAAUCAGUCAGUCGAGUGUUGUGAGUAAUUGAAGUACCUUUUGGCCGCUAAAGACGUCAACAGACGCGCGUGGCUAUAACCCGAUAUCACCCUUCGUACCAUCACGCUCCACGAUUGUUGAGCCAUUUAGGGUCCUACGGGGUCUAACGUUUGUCCCGUACAAACGCGAAUUUUCCGAAGAUUUUUAGGUAUAAGACUUUCCUUUUCUACGACAAAUGGUAAAAAAUAUGCACAGAAAAAUAAUCGCCUGCAUUAAAUGCCGAAAAAAAGACGCAACACAGGAAAUAAAAUGCGUUUUUACGGGACAGCCCGUGGAAUGCUCCCAAAAUGGUUGUUCAAUACUUACGCUAUAGAAUUUCCAAAGAACCCUAAAUGGUAUAACAAUCCCGUGUGACCGUACAUUCGGACAAGGUUCCAGAUGACGCGCCGCACGUAAGCGUGACGUUCAAAGGGUUGAUGGGGCAGCUAAAUAGAGAUUAUUUGGGUCGGCCUAUAUGUCUAUGCCAAGACCGAGCCAAACGUAACUACAAUGAUAGACCUUGCCAAAGAAAACUAUUAAAAGACAAUAUAAACAUACUCAACAUUAUGAAACAUGCAUCUCUCUUAUGCAUAAUUAUAAAAUCAAUACUCUUAUGCACUGACUGUACAAGAUUAAACUCAAAUAACCCAAAAUCAGUCUUAAUAAAACUCCCACAGCCUUAAUAAAUGCUAAGAAAACAGUGUCAAGAUCUUAAAAACCCCUAAGCGACCUCUAAACGUCCUAUUAGUAUAAGUUAGCCUAAUAAAUCAUGUGUUCGACUGUAUAAUCUUUUUGAUUGCACAAAACAUUCGGACGACCGACCCUUUUUGGGUAUGGGUGUUUUCAACUCUGCCGAAUGACCCAAUCAUGUAAAUGUGAAUGUACAUUGUAUAGUAUAAUUUUUGACAGUUAUAUUUAUUUUUAAAUAGUAUAUUUUUAAGUAUA